AUGAACGUUUGUAAUUUGGUGGACAUUUUGAUCCACAGAGCAAAGUCAAGUGUCAUAAUUUAUGAGGUUUACUUUUCUGUUUCACAGGAUUACUACGGCAAACACCUUCAGAGCUCUGGAGAUCUCAAGACAAAUGCCUGCAAGACCUUGGCAAGGCCACUUCAAGCCACCAUUCAGAAUGCCUUCAAGAAUAUACAUCCUGAAGUUGUUUCUAGGUACUAUGGCUGUGGAAUGGUGGUUCCAGAAUGUCUAGAAGGUUGUCGUGUGCUGGAUCUAGGGUGUGGAGCUGGAAGGGACUGUUUUCUACUGAGCCAGUUGGUUGGAGAGGAGGGUCAUGUAACAGGAAUUGACAUGACAGAAGAGCAGAUCGCUGUAGCACAGAAAUAUGUGGACUACCAUGCUGAGAAGUUUGGCUUCAAGAGACCCAAUGUGAAUUUCCUCCAAGGGUAUAUUGAAACCCUACAGGAGGUAGGCCUACAGGAGUGCAGCUAUGAUGUUAUCAUAUCAAACUGUGUGAUUAACCUGUCCCCAGACAAGAAAGCAGUUCUGAAAGAAGCCUACCGUGUACUUAAGGAUGGUGGAGAAAUGUAUUUCAGUGAUGUCUAUGUAAAUAAACGUCUUCCAAAGAAUCUGAGAGACCACAAAGUACUUCUGGGGGAGUGUCUUGGAGGUGCAUUGUGGUGGCUAGACCUUAUUCAGCUGGCACAAGAAGUUGGCUUCUGCACCCCAAGAUUAGUCAGCUCCAGCCUGAUUAGUAUUAAUAAUAAGGAACUGGAGAGUUUAAUUGAAGGAUACCAGUUUGUUUCUGCAACAUUCCGUCUGUUCAGGGUUCCUAAGAACAUUAAAAGGUCAAGGUACCAGGUCAUAUACAAUGGCUCCAUUACUGACAAGGAAGAUUGCUUAGAUUUUGAUGCAAGCUUUAAAUUUAAGGAGGGAGAAGUGGUUGAAGUAGAUGAAGAGUUGGCCACAAUUUUGAAAUGCUCCCGAUUUGUAAAUGAAUUUAUGUAUUGCCCAAUGAUUGAUGAGAAGGCAUCAGUUGUUCAUUGCAGAUCAACGCCUAAGGUUUGUUUUGGCAAGAUACUUUGACUUUCUUCCAAAUUUUUCAGCUUAAAAUUAUUAUGAA